AUCUCCGUGGAACGCGCUUUAGCUUCGAAACUUCGACCGCAUCAAGUCGAAGCACUCCAUUUUCUCUACGACGCGUUGUUGGUGAAAAACUUUUCGGGCGCUUUACUGGCCGAUGACAUGGGUUUGGGGAAGUCGUUGUCAACUUUAGCGUUCCUCUACACAUUGCUCGAGCACAAGAUAUUCAAGAAGUGUUGUAUCGUGUGUCCAGCAAGCCUUUGCGGGAAUUGGAAGAAUGAAAUCAAAAAAUGGCUCGGCGAAAACAAGUUGCGACCAACGUGCAUCAUCGGAAAUUCGCACGCAAAAACCCUGAAGUCGCAAACGGUGGCUGAAAAAAUGAAGUUCGUGAUGCGUGCAUUUGCGCACGGAAGAACAGCGAGCGAUAAAUUGUUGAUCCUCUCCUACGAGCAACUGCGGAAUCACGCAGCGGAAUUGUCUGCGUGUUUAGACUUUCUCAUAUUAGAUGAGGGGCAUCGUUUGGGUCACGGGAGCAGCCAGACCACGAAAACUCUGGGAGAGCAGUUUCGAAACGCAAAGAAACUCCUGUUGUCAGGCACGCCACUGCAGAACAAUUUGGAUGAGUUUUUCACGCUUUGCGAGUUUUUGAAUCCUGGCUCACUCGGCGACUUUGACACCGUUUUUCGCAGGCCGAUUUUGAAGGGCAGGGAGCCGAGCGCGACGGCGCAACAGCGCGCAUUAGGUGUUGCCCGUUUUCAGCACCUGAACUCCUUGGCCCGGCAGUUCCUGCUCCGGCGAACGGCCAAUGCGGUCCUACGAAAAAUUCUACCGCCAAUGCACACUGUAGUCGUUUUCUGCCCUUUGUUGGACGAAAACUUUCGCAAAAUGUAUCAGCAGAAACUGGACGGCGGAACUUCUACUGCGAGUGUGACUUCGGGUUUGGUGCAGCAUGAGGAGCAAGCUCCGACUUCUGUUUUGGGUUUGAUUCUCGAGUUGCGACGUGUCUGCUACGAAAGCAAGAUGGUUUUUUUGAAGCAGUUUCUGAGGAAUCUCGCCCAACAAAACAUGAAAUGCGUCUUGGUGUCAAACUUCACUCGCUGUCUCGACUUGCUGGAAGGAGUAUUGGCGGAACUAACCUGUGCAGAAGGAGGCAGAAAGCGCGGUUCGAAAUUCGGAGGAGGCAUGAUAUCCUACUCUUACGAAAGGCUAGACGGAUCCACGAAUCAGAAAGCGAGGACCGAAAUGGUCGACAGAUUCAACGCAGGCGUUCUUGCGAGUACUGCGAGUAAAAACAGCAAAGACACUGCUGCAAGUCCGAAAAAGGCAACAGAUGAGGACUCCGACUUCGAGGGAAGCAACAACGAUUAUAACGAACGGAAAAAUACUAAUUGUACAACAGCAUCCAGUGGAGGUGCGCAAUUUUUCCUUCUUUCUUCUAAAGCAGGUGGAGUCGGUCUGAAUUUGAUAGGGGCCUCAAAGUUGGUGAUGAUUGACCCCGACUGGAAUCCGGCUGCUGAUGCGCAAGCGAUGAGAAGAGUAUGGAGGGAUGGACAAGAAAAAGAAGUCUUCUGCUACAGGCUUGUCGUUCCCGGAUCCGUGGAGGAAUGCAUUUUCGCUCGACAAGAGAAGAAAACCGACUUGCUUCACAAUGUUUUGCAGAAGGACAUUCUCCAAAAGCAAAACAAUUUGACGCUGGCGGAAGUUCGGCAGCUGUUUCAGCUCAGAGGU